CCGGCUAUGUGGAUGAUAUGCGAGAGAAGACAGAGCAGCAAAUGCGCUAUUCAGAACAGGUCCAGAAGGAUCUUUCGAUGAUGCCUCGGCGCAUUGAUAAUCAGUCGCAUGCAAUCUUCAGCUUCAUUGCGCAAAGAGACAACAAGAUCAAUCUCCAAGUCGCCGAAAGCUCUCGCAAGAUUGCGGAAGAGUCCAGGCUGGAUAAUCUUUUGAACGUUAAAUUGGCCAAGGUCACGGCGCAGAUGGCGGAGGAAACGAGACAAGACAGUGCAGCGAUGAAGACAAUUGCCGUUCUCACGCUGACCUUCUUGCCUGGAACUGCUGUAGCUUCGUUCUUCAGCAUGAACGGAAUGUUCAACUGGGAUGCCUCGGAAGGCCACCCAAUUGCGUCGCCAUAUUUAUACGUCUUCUUUGUGGUGACGAUUCCUCUCACACUGCUCGUAUAUGCGGGAUGGGUGCUGUGGUUCAGGCGGCUGGAACAGAAGUACAAGGUCAAUGCAGCGGACGUAGACUUUGCCGCUGUUGAGUCGGAUCUCAUGAGGCGAAUGAGGACGGCGACAAACUCGUGGAAUUUUGAGAAGCAGGCUACACUCGGGGCCGCAGACAUGCAGCAAUGACAGGAUUGUGAUGUGAAGAAAGGUGCUAUUGCCUCAGCUCGUCACCGACAUUGCGCGGCUGUUGCUUUUUCAGGUCUUGUUGUACGGUGUCUCGAUACACAGCGCUGGAAGCUUCCCAACGUGUCUGCCAUUGUCUUUG